UUGGGGGAGCCCCCCGCCCCCACGGCGGGCGAGGACGGGGGAGGUGGGGGGGGCAACGCCCCCGCCCCGCCAACUGCACCCCCUCAGCCUGCCCCGCCGCCGCCACCCCCGGCGCCCCCGGCAGCCCCGCCGGCGGCCCCCCCGGCCCAGCCGCCCCAGCCACCGGCGGCCCCCAAAGGGGCGGGCGAUGCCAAGCUCUGCGCCCUGUACAAAGAGGCCGAGCUGCGGCUCAAGAGUAGCAGCAACACGACGGAGUGUGUCCCCGUGCCCACAUCGGAACACGUGGCGGAGAUCGUGGGCAGACAAGGUUGCAAGAUCAAGGCCCUUCGAGCAAAGACCAACACUUACAUCAAGACACCUGUACGGGGUGAAGAGCCAGUAUUUAUGGUGACAGGACGCCGGGAGGAUGUAGCCACUGCCCGACGGGAGAUCAUCUCAGCAGCUGAGCACUUCUCCAUGAUCCGGGCUUCUCGAAACAAAUCAGGAGCUGCCUUUGGAGUAGCACCAGCCCUCCCUGGCCAGGUCACCAUUCGGGUUCGAGUACCAUAUCGUGUAGUGGGAUUAGUGGUAGGGCCCAAGGGGGCCACCAUCAAGCGGAUCCAGCAGCAGACCAACACCUACAUCAUCACACCUAGCCGGGACCGAGACCCUGUCUUUGAAAUCACUGGUGCACCAGGCAAUGUGGAACGAGCACGAGAAGAGAUCGAGACCCAUAUUGCUGUUCGCACUGGCAAGAUUCUUGAGUAUAAUAAUGAGAAUGAUUUUCUGUCAGGUAGCCCUGACCCUGCUCUGGAGAGCCGCUAUUCUGAGGCCUGGAGAGUCCAUCCACCAGGGUGCAAACCCCUCUCCACCUUCCGGCAGAACAGCCUUGGUUGUAUUGGAGAGUGUGGUGUUGAAUCAGGAUUCGAGGCACCACGACUUGGGGAACAGGGGGGUGACUUUAGCUAUGGUGGCUACCUGUUCCCUGGCUAUGGGGUUGGUAAGCAGGAUGUAUACUAUAGUGUGGCCGAGACUAGUCCUCCACUCUGGGCUGGCCAGGAGAAUGCCACCCCCACCUCCGUCCUUUUUUCCUCUGCCUCCUCAUCUUCAUCCUCUUCAGCCAAGGCCCGGGCUGGUCCCCCGGGGUCACACCGUUCACCAGCCCCAGCAUCAGCAUCAUCAGCUGUCCCAGAGUUAGCUGGGCUUCCAAGGCGACCACCUGGGGAGCCCCUCCAGGGCUUCUCCAAACUUGGGGGUGGUGGGCUGAGAAGCCCAGCUGGAGCAGGAGGUGGGCGGGACUGUAUGGUGUGCUUCGAGAGUGAGGUCACAGCAGCCCUAGUCCCUUGUGGACACAACCUAUUCUGCAUGGAGUGUGCUGUACGAAUCUGUGAGAGAACCGAUCCCGAGUGUCCUGUUUGCCACAUCACAGCCACGCAAGCCAUCCGAAUAUUCUCCUAA